GAUUGGCUCGGCGCCCUGUCACUCACGCUCCAUUUUCCAGCUGUCGCAGCUCCAGGUUUGUGUGCGACUCACACCGGACUGGACGGUGCGAUCAUCUGGAAUUUUUUUCACUCCGUCGAUUUUUUUUUUAGGAGCCCACACCCGUGUCAUUUUCCUAUGCCGAUUUUUCGACUUUAAAUAUUCUUGAAGCCCAGUCGGAUGCAAAGAAAUGAGCGGUGAAAUCAGCGCGUGGAGUGUAAAUAAAGAUUCCGGCUAGCUAGCAGCUUAGCCCACCCAAUUAAGCUAGUUAGUGCGCUUAGCUAAUUAACUUUUCGGCUUUUGGAUGCUCAAAAUCAAAUGUUUGCACCGUAGCCAGUGUUAUAUGCACACGCAGCGUCUGGCUGUCUUCUGCCACCUGUCGCCGUGUGUUAGCUAGAGAUCCGGGCAGCUGAUGGACAGUGUUGCGGUGAGUCUGGGCACUGGGGCGGUUAGCUUAGCGAGACAGCGAAGGACAGCACGGAUGUCGUGGCAGGCCAGUGUGUCCCUCCGGGACUCUGGUUGGUAGUCAUUACAGAUUCUAAAAACAGGGCUCGAGUCGGUCUGAGAGCAGGGGAGAUCUUUAGAUUCACAUCUGGCCUCCAAUCUCAUCCAGUCUUUGGCCUUGCUUGAUAGAUGCGUUUGUAUGAGCAGACUGGGGUCUCUUUUGCUUCAUCGAUUUAACGUUACGUCUACCAUAAGUUAUCCUGCAUUUUUAAACAACAUUCCCCCAAAUCCAUCCUGUUCCUCUUUCGACGCGGUUGCAAAGGGAAGCGGGUCGUAGAAGUGUGUCAGAUCAGGGUUGGGAUCUCCAAACGCUGUGGUGAUGACUCUGGAGUCCAUGAUGGCCUGUUGCAUGAGUGAAGAGGCGAAGGAGUCCAAAAGAAUCAACGCCGAGAUCGACAAACAGCUCCGGAGAGACAAACGAGAUGCGAGACGAGAGCUCAAACUCCUCUUACUGGGCACAGGCGAGAGCGGCAAGAGUACGUUCAUCAAACAGAUGCGCAUCAUUCACGGGGCGGGCUACACCGACGAGGACAAGCGCGGCUUCACCAAACUCGUCUACCAGAACAUCUUCACCUCCAUGCAGGCCAUGAUCCGUGCCACCGAGCACCUCAAGAUCCCGUUCAAAUACGAAGAGAACAAGAACAAUGCUCUGCUGGUGCGAGAGGUCGACGUGGAGAAGAUUUGCUCCUUUGACCAGCCCUAUGUCAGUGCAAUAAAGAAGCUCUGGUCAGAUCCAGGCAUCCAGGAAGCCUAUGACCGCAGACGAGAGUACCAGCUCUCUGACUCCACUAAAUAUUACCUUAGCGAUUUAGAGCGUAUAUCGUCUCCGGGAUAUGUGCCCAGCCAGCAGGAUGUGCUGAGGGUCCGAGUGCCCACUACUGGCAUCAUAGAGUAUCCCUUUGACCUGGAAAAUAUAAUCUUCAGGAUGGUGGAUGUCGGAGGGCAAAGAUCAGAGCGCAGGAAGUGGAUCCACUGCUUUGAGAACGUCACAUCUAUCAUGUUCCUGGUUGCCUUGAGCGAAUACGACCAGGUCCUUGUGGAAUCUGACAAUGAGAAUCGCAUGGAGGAAAGCAAAGCGCUGUUUCGCACAAUCAUCACCUACCCCUGGUUCCAGAACUCUUCAGUCAUUCUGUUCUUGAACAAGAAGGACCUUCUGGAGGAGAAGAUCAUGUACUCUCACCUGGUGGACUACUUCCCUGAAUUUGACGGUCCACAGAGGGACGCCCAGGCGGGCCGCGAGUUCAUCCUGAAGAUGUUCGUGGACCUGAACCCGGACAGCGACAAGAUCAUCUAUUCGCACUUCACCUGCGCCACAGACACCGAAAACAUCCGCUUCGUCUUCGCGGCAGUCAAGGACACCAUCCUGCAGCACAACCUCAAAGAGUACAACCUAGUGUGAGAGAGAGAUCGAACGAGAGCGAGACACCUGCAGCCCACACACGGCCGAAAGCACUACACACCUCACACGCAGAAACACACCUUCACCCCCUUUAGGCACUGGAUCUUCACAUAGUCCUUUUCUUUGCCUGUUUUCUCCUCUCUUCCUGAGUGUCGACCCCUCCAGCCGAUAGCUUUAUCAUCCAAUCUUCCUCAAACACGAAGGCUGGGCAGUUAAACCGGUGCCUAAUGACAAAGAGCAUUCGUUUGCUCUGUAGAUGGGCUGUAGGUGGGCUCUACCUGAAUGAAACUGAGGUACGAACUUAACGGAAACCCUUGGUGGAUCGUCCGUCUGUAACGAAGAGUGGGCGACAUUCUUGAAGGACUUCACCUUGCAUCACUGAAGUUAACCAGGUGUUAGUUGUGCAAUCACAUGCUAUAACACUAGAGGUGGAGGUGAUUUGAUUUAAUACUAUUUUAGGAGUGAUGUAUAGAGAUUUCCCAUCACUACUGGAGAAGAGAUGGCACACCAUGUGACUUUUUCGUAAUAAUGAGUAAUGAAAGCCACCAGUUUUUUAAAAAAACGCUCAAAUUGCGUUCCCGAAAUUGUUUCGAAAAAAAAAACCCAGUUCGCUUGUGUAUCCACUAUAAAUUUAUCAUUCAGGCAGUGAACUGUUUCCUCCAGUCUGAUGUUUGCCAGUAUUGGGUGUUUAAUCAGUAUAAUUAAAGGGAUCCAGCUAGUAUUCAAAGAUAUUUACCGAAAGAUUGUGAUUUGUUUACAUGCUUCGUCACAUCAGUUUUGAAUCUUUGACCGAAGGAAUCAAAUAAACGCCUUUCCUAGCCGAUUCAUUCAUGUUUUACUCAGUAUAACAUUCAAUAUCCAGUGAUUUAAAUGUUCGUAGACUCGACGCAAAAGUGCUAUAUAGGGUGAAAUCCAUUUAGUUUGUUUUAUUUAUGUAAUUUAUGGACCAGAUAUGUAAUUAGUCUGACUCAUUUUUCCAACUAAAUUUUUGAGUCUCUUCUGCUGUAAAAAAUCCAU